CGUUUGAUUCGUGUAGGUAUUGAAUUUUGUUUGACAAGGUAAAAAGAGCGAAAGUAAAGUUAGCUUUUUUUAAUAAAUACGUAGGUUUUAUAAUAAUAACUUAAUAUUCCUUGUUUUGAUUAUUGAGAAACAAUAAUGCCGUCGAUGAAAGUGGAAGGUGACAGUGAUGGAGAUGGAGAUAUGUCUGGGGGUGACACAGAAAGGUCUGGUGGAUCCUCUAGGGGACCUGAUCGUGACUCCAGUGCAGAAGAAGCCGAUGAGCCUGACUCAGAUGAUUCCUCGGAGAUGGACGAGAGCGAAUGCGAAAGACGGCGAAAUGAGUGUCUGGACAAUUUAGCCAACCUGGAGCGCCAGUUUACAGUCCUUCGAGAGCAGUUGUACACUGAGAGAGUGAAGCAUGUAGAGUUCCAACUAUCAGAGGUGCGAGGUGGACGGUCGCAGGAGUACCAGGGGCCGCUACGGAGGCUGCAAGAAAAUAUGAGGAUCAGAAUCGAAGUUGCCGGAAUACUGAAGGGCAUGCGGUUAGAAAACAUAAAACAUAAGUUCGAGGCGGAGGAGCAAGCUGCACACCAACAUUUUAAGAGUGAAAAAUGGCUGACCUAUGAGAAUAUGAAAGAGGAAAUUUUAGAAAAAAUUCGCAAAUUGGAAGAAGAACGGCACACCGUCGACUUGUGGUCGUGCGGCGCCGAGUGGGGAAGAAAACGAAGGAAGAGGCAAGUCACCGUGUCUCCCCCCUACGUGGUAUACAUGCUGCCUGAUGCCGACAUCAUGGAGGACUGGAGGCUGGUCAGAAAAUUGCUGGAAAGAACGGAUUAGAUUAUAUAUUAGUAUUUCUAAGGUUGUCGUGGAGUGCUCUUGAUUUUUUUAAGGCAGAUUUUGAAGACAAUGACACGGCCAAUUAUGUAAAAAUAUGAAUGUUUCCUUCCUGAACCAAGCGUGUUGUCGAUUGCAUUAUCAGCUAUAGCUGAGAAUGUAUUGAAGCCUUAAAGGCUUCGGUAUCCACGAAGGACAUCAUGUUAUAUAAAACUUUAAUUCUUUUAAGUUUUGAAGUUUGUAUGGUCGGCUGUUGUCCGAAAUGCGCAGCUUGAAAAAGUAAGAGAUUGUAAUCUAAACAAUAUUUAUUGAGGGUGUUUUUCUCGACUAUUAACUUAACAUUGUAUUAUAAUUUUAGUUCGGGGCAGAAUCCUGUUAGUACUUUAUAUUUCUCAUUCACAUUAAUAUGGUCAAUAUCUACUACAUUCAAUUUCACGUUUUCUAAUGUGUAUAAAUAUAAGAUACUUGUAUUUUUUUUAAUAUAUUAUUUGUGUGUGUGAAAUCAUGUAAUUUUGACAGAUUUUUCACUAAGAAUCACUUUUGAUUCUAAAGUAAUUAGUAAAGACAGAAGUAACAUUCAAUAAAAAAAUUAAAUUUAAGUGUUCUAUAUAGGUAUAAUUUUAUCCAUAAAAUAAUAUGAAGAAAAAAAUGUUUGCAUUUCUGUGUUUUUGUUUAUUACGAAUAAUUUCAAAAACUACUGGACCUAUUUUGAUUGGAUUGGAAGAAAUUUGUCAUGAAGAAAGACUAGACCUUCAGAAGUAACAUGGGCUACGCGCUCAGACGUCAAUUAUUUUUAGUACAUUACCUUUAUAAUAGGCACCUGACCAUACGAUAACAUUAAACGGAAAACCAAGUUGACGGUGCAGGGGAUCGGCGGUCCCCGUAAUAAAAUAAUAUAAGAAUGUCAAAUCCAAAUGUGUCGUUUAGGUUAAAGUUAUCUUGUGAGCACACCAAGCGGAGCGAGUGGAGAUGAGCGGAAAGAAGCUUAGCGGUGUAUGGAUGUGCGACAAAUGUGCCGCCGAUAGCAACGACGAGUCUGUACAGAUACAAUGGGACAGAGUUCAGGCCACUAUCACUGGUGCGGCCAAAUCCGUUCUCGGUCUGUCAAAGGGCGGGCGUAAAUCUAACAAGGAAACUUGGUGGUGGAACGACACAGUCCAGUGCCGUGUGGUUCCGGGCAUCAACAGAAAAAGAAUAGGACUACUCCAUCUCCUUCUCAUGAGUGUCGUAAAAAGCGACUAAGGGAUCGGCUUAAAAACUUGGAAUUCUUCUUUUAGGGAUGGGCUAGCAACUUGUCACUAUUUGAUUCUUAAUUCUAUCAUUAAGCCAAACAGCUGAACGUGGCCUUUCAGUCUUUCCAAGACUGUUGGCUCUGUCAACUUCGCAGGGGAUAUAGACAUGAUUAUAUGUAUGUAUACUCUUCACUGGGAAAAUCCCUGACCAGUGGCGGCUGAGCAUUAUUAUCCAAGUCUACAAGGCAAGGGUGUGGCAACAAUCGCGGCAUUAAAAUCAAGUCCCACACCAUUAAACUCUUCGAGCGAAUAAUUGACUCACAGAUUCGAUCCGAUCCGUAUCAAUAUAGAUUCCGCCCUAGUCUGGGAACUAUGGACCCUGUUUUUGCCCUAAGGAUUAACAUGUAGGAGGCCUUCGACUGUGUUCCUCGACCUCACUCUGUUAGUGAUACUAAACCCUUCCCCGUCAGGAGUUCACCAAGGCUCGGUCCUAAGUCCAUUUCUACUCAGUGUGAUAUUGGAUGAAGUGUCUAAAGGUACUCGUAUUAUAGACUUAGUGAGGAACUCACAUAUCCGCGGAAGCCUUCAUGUCCAUGACAUAGCAGACAAAAUGUAGGAAGGAAGUCUCCUACGCUGGUACGGCCAUGUCUUGCAGAAAACGGUUGACUUCUUGGGGAACAGAUGUCUAGCAACGCCGCUACCGCCAGGCCCAAAAAUACGCCAAAGAUGAUAUGCGAGACAAUGGACUGAAAUCCUAGGACGCCGAAAACCGGACCAAGGAAGGAGAAAAGUCGGAAGGCGGACCCUGGGCCCCGGCAAGGCAACACUUCUGUGGAGGGUGCAACCAAGAACACGCAGACAUGAGAGAGAGUGAGAGAAAUAUUUAGUGACUAUAGAUCUUCUACGCAUUGUUCUAAUGAUCUUUUUACAAACAUUUUUGGAGAAAGACACUCAGAGUGCGAUUUUUAUGUUACUUUUAGAGCACAUUGGAGUUAGUAGUCUAUCUCCUUUUUUUUACAAUAAAAUUUAAUGUUGUUACUAGGUACUAUUAAAUAGCUAGUACUACCAACUUAUAAAACUUUUAGUUAUUUAUAUCGCAUUCACAUUACAACCGUAAAAUGCAAACGUGAAAAUGAAUAAAUUUAAA